ACGGAUACAACGGUGUAUCCAACGCCAAGAGGCCGCGGCGCUCAGCCCGCUGUACUCUCGUCCGCAGUAGAUAUGCCUGUGGCGUCGGACGUGCCAGCUACGCGGCGCAACAUUAGCGACGACGUGCUGAGUCAAUGCACGACUUCCUGAUUAUCAAGAUAGACACAGCUCUCAGUGGCAUUCAGACGGCAUAUUUGGCCCGCCAAGGCGCAACUUCUCUUCGGCGAUUCAUUGGUUCACUGGUCCCAGCAGCGUCAGCUUGUCAUGCCACCGCAUAGCUGCGCAAGCUGUUCUGCCCCAUAAAAGCAGCUUUUGGCGAUCUGCUAAAGCAACACCAGCACUCAGCACUCGGAACUAAGCAUCCACAGACUGCGACACAUCAUGGUUCAAACUGAACAAAUCACUUUCUACUCUCACAUCUACUCUCCUUAUGGCCAAAGGGUCCACAUUGCCCUUGAGGAGGCAAAUGCUGCGUACACCUUCCACUCCAUCGACUGGAGGAAUAAGCCUGCGUUUUACACUAAGGAGGUCAACCCGGUUGGCAAGAUCCCUGCCAUCACCUAUGGUGGCCCCAAAGUCGAUCCAGAGCAGCCCUCUCCUGAGUCCACCAAGCUCAGGGAGUCUGGUGUCAUCUUGGAGUUCCUCGCCGACCUCUUCCCAGAUUCCGGUCUGCUGCCCAAGGACCCUGUCCUCCGUGCUAAAGCUCGCCUCUUUAUCACCGUCGUCGACGGCCAAUUCUUUGAGGGCUUCAAGGGAUACUUCUUCAUACGCGAGCCCGCCACCAAGCUCAUUGACGGUCUAGACGCGCUCCAGAAGCAGCUCCCGGCCACUGGAUUCGCUGUCGGAGAGAGGUGGACCAUCGCCGACAUAACCAUCGCACCUUUUCUGGCCUGUAUAUUUUUGCUGCUCGAGAAUGAUUUGGGUGUGUAUCCUGCCGGCGAUGGCAGGAAGACUCUCGAGAUCCUGCGCGGCGAGAAGUUCGCUCGCCUCAGCAAGUAUUAUGAAGACCUUAAAGCCCGGCCAAGCUUCAAGGCUGCUUGGGACGAGGGUAUCCAAAUUACCUUUUGGCAGAGCCACCCCCUGCUUAAGCGCGAGUGAAAUGAUGUUUGAAAGUAUGUGGCAUUAUCCCAUAGCUGUCGUGUAAAGUACAGAUAGGCUGGGAGACCAAAGAGUGAAGUUCGUACAGAUUUAUAUGAAGUACAGAAACAGCCAGCAAUUGAUUCAUAACGCCUACAUGAGUACACGAAUUAUGUUUCGGCUAGCAGCCCUUGAAAAGGCCGCUUGCACCGCCUUCGCGACUUCUGCAGCCUUCAUGGGGCCGUGGUGAAUGAAUGAAAGCUCGCUGAGGGAUUUGAGAUUAUCUCCGUUCAGGACUCCUGCAAGCCCAGACAAACCCGGGAGCUGUGCGACUCCUAAACGCUCUGUAGACAGCACACGCAAGGACAACCUGCGCAGGUAUCGGGAGCGAACCUCGGAGAUGGAGGAGCGAAUGGCGAUAGACGCCGGGUUUGGGUCGAAGAGUGUCAGGCUGCGCAAGCGCACGCAUACCUUGACAGGGACAUGGCUUUUAAUAACUGG